UUUGGAUCUUUCUUUUUCUCGUCUCGUCUCUCCUCACGGGAAAAUCUUUUCUCCCCCAAUUCUGUGAAUGCCAGAUUUCUAGGGUUUCGGGCUCGAUGUUCCCCGUUUCGUUCGGAAUUCGCCGAACUUCGUUGACCCGUUGCCGAUUCAUGACUUGUUCUCUCGUCGCCGAAUUCUGAAAUCUGGACGACAUUGGCUCUGUGCAAAAGAAGCCAGAGUGUGUUCUGCACUUUAUAUGAAUUGUAGGCGUGCUUCUUGAUAAAAGCCUUACUUGAUGAGGAAGAAGAGGAAAGGAAGCGAAACAGACCCAUGCUCGGAUCUACACAACUUUUUGUCGUCAACCAACAAUUCGCGAUCAUCAGUUCUUACCUCGCAUUAUUCACUUGAAGAUUAUACAAGGUUGAACAAGCGUUGCAAAGAAGAUUCCAAUGAAGGGCCUGUUGCUUCCUAUAAAAGUAGAAUUGCGGGCAUUGCCACUGCACCUCCGUGCGGGACUUCAUCUUUAGCCACACCUGGAAGGGGUCUGAAGCGGAAGAUUGGUUGUAUUGAUGUAGCUACCCAAAUGGGUAGGAAGAAUAAGAUUGAGAAUGACUAUAUAUCGGGUGCCACAAUUGGGCAUGGUAAGUUUGGUUCAGUUUGGUUGUGUCGGUCUAGGACCAGUGGAGCAGAAUUUGCAUGUAAGACUCUAAAGAAGGGAGAGGAAACGGUUCACAGGGAGGUGGAGAUAAUGCAGCACUUAUCUGGUCACCCUGGGGUUGUGACAUUGCAAGCAGUGUACGAGGAACAUGAGUCUUUUCAUCUUGUCAUGGAGUUGUGCUCUGGGGGACGCUUGAUUGAUCAGAUGUUGGAAGAGGGUCGGUAUUCAGAGCAUCGUGCUGCUAAUAUAUUCAAGGAAGUUGUGUCAGUUAUCAAGUAUUGUCAUGAUAUGGGGGUUGUUCACAGAGACAUUAAGCCCGAGAAUAUUCUUUUCACAACUUCGGGAAAGAUAAAGCUUGCAGAUUUUGGGCUGGCAAUGCGGAUAACAAAUGGUCAGGAUCUAUAUACUUACAGACAUAUUGUUUAUGUGGUUGUGCUUGUAUGAUAUCUGCAUGUACAUUUACGUAAGGAAAAUAAUGAUUUAUUAGUUCAAGAUUUGCAGUUUAGAAACGGUUAUCAAUGUAGACUACGGAUUUAUUUGCCUUUUCCUCCUCAGUAUUGUAGUUUAAGGACCACGUGAAUCGUUAUGUAUAUUAAGCCUUUUCCUUCUUACCAUUGUAGUGUAAUGGCCUUCAGUAUCUUUAUGUGAGUUGACACAUUAAGUAGAGC